AUGGAAAAACAAAGGCGAUAUCGCAGAUUGCUCAAUACCAAUCCGGCUGAUGAGCCACACAUCUUCGGAAGAGUACUUGAAACACGACUUCGAGCGAUUAUAGAGUUGCCUAACAAUCAGUGUGGAUUUGUAAAGGGUGCAGGUACGGUUGACGCCAUCCUUACUGUAUGGAUAGUGAUGGAGAAGUAUAGAGAAAAACGAAGAGAGUCACAUGCAGCUUUUUUUGAUAUGGAGAAAGCUUUCGACAAGGUACCCCAUAAUGUCAUAUGGUGGGCACUGCGGAAGCAAAUGAUUCCAAAAGUAUACAUCCAGUGGCUAAAAAUGUCCUAUCACGGAAGCACAAGCCAUGUGCAAGCUGCUGCAGAGCAGUCAUAA